GGGGCCGUGCGCGCUCCUCCCUCCGGCCUCUGUCCCCCACCCCCCUUCCCUGGUCCCAGUCUCUCCUUCGGAAAGAUGUCGGACACGGCGGUAGCUGACACUCGGCGCCUUAACUCGAAGCCGCAGGACCUGACCGACGCUUAUGGGCCGCCAAGUAACUUCCUGGAGAUCGACAUCUUUAAUCCACAGACGGUGGGCGUGGGCCGCGCGCGCUUCACCACCUAUGAGGUUCGCAUGCGGACAAACCUACCUAUCUUCAAGCUGAAGGAGUCCUGUGUACGACGGCGCUACAGUGAUUUUGAGUGGCUAAAAAAUGAGCUGGAGCGAGACAGUAAGAUUGUGGUACCCCCACUGCCUGGGAAAGCCUUGAAGCGGCAGCUCCCUUUUCGAGGAGAUGAAGGGAUCUUUGAGGAGUCCUUCAUUGAAGAGAGGAGGCAGGGCCUCGAACAGUUUAUUAACAAAAUUGCUGGGCAUCCGCUGGCUCAGAAUGAACGCUGCCUACACAUGUUCCUGCAGGAGGAGGCAAUUGACAGGAACUACGUCCCCGGGAAGAUUCCUUCUUUCAUUGUGCACAAGUGCUGAGAGCCUGAGGCCCCAUUUCUGCUGUGUAUAUAUCCUGACUCGGGGCUUUUAUUCAGCAAACUAUUCAUUCUUCUGUCAGACAAUGUCAUAUUCAACUCUGUUCAUAUUAAACCACUGUGAAGCAA